UGAGUCUGUGAGGCUCGGAGGUGCGGGCAGCGGCGGCAGCGCCGGCGACCAGCAGGCGGAGGCUGAGGCGGAAAGCGAGCCGGAGCGAGACGAGCAGCUGGGCGCAGGCACCGCCUCCACAGUCCCGUCCAUGGUCGGCGCCCGCAGGCCGCGGCGGCCUGUCUCGCGCUCCAUCUCCUGCACAUCCUCCUCCGCCUUCUCGGGGGCCGCCGGCGGCGCUGUCUGGAGGCCCGGGCACUGAAACCCGCGGAGCGACGGGCGGAGGAGGCGGCGAGGGGCUCCGGACCCACGGGGUGCCCUGAGGCGCGGGGACGCCAGCGCCCGCAGUCCGCUGCCGCCGGCCCGGCCCCGCCACCGCCGCCCGCGGGGCUCCUCGGCGCGGCCGCCGGGGCCGGGGGAGCAUGACCGCCGGGACCCUCCGGGGGACGGCCAGGACCCGGCCCGGGAUCUAGACGGCGUGGGGGAGGGGAGCCGCCCUCCCGCGGCGCCGCUCCAGGACGCCGUCGCCGGCCGGGGCCGUGCUGUGUUGUUUCCUCCUCGCGUUGUGCGGCCCUGAAGUGAAGGAAGAUGUCCACGAGGACCCCGUUGCCUACGGUGAAUGAACGGGACACUGAGAACCACACGUCACAUGGAGAUGGUCGGCAAGAAGUGACCUCCCGCACCGGGCGCUCUGGAGCUCGGUGUAGAAACUCUAUAGCUUCCUGUGCAGACGAACAGCCUCACAUCGGAAACUACAGACUGUUGAAAACAAUCGGCAAAGGGAAUUUUGCAAAAGUGAAAUUGGCAAGACACAUCCUUACAGGCAGAGAGGUUGCAAUAAAAAUAAUUGACAAAACUCAGUUGAAUCCAACAAGUCUACAAAAGCUCUUCAGAGAAGUAAGAAUAAUGAAGAUUUUAAAUCAUCCAAACAUAGUGAAGUUAUUUGAAGUCAUCGAAACUGACAAAACACUCUACCUAAUCAUGGAGUAUGCAAGCGGAGGUGAAGUGUUUGACUAUUUGGUUGCACAUGGAAGAAUGAAGGAAAAAGAAGCAAGAGCUAAAUUUAGACAGAUCGUGUCUGCGGUCCAGUACUGCCACCAGAAGCGGAUCGUUCACAGAGACCUCAAGGCUGAAAAUCUAUUGUUAGAUGCUGAUAUGAACAUUAAAAUAGCUGACUUUGGUUUUAGCAAUGAAUUUACUGUUGGCAGUAAACUGGAUACGUUUUGUGGGAGUCCUCCAUAUGCAGCCCCAGAGCUCUUCCAGGGCAAGAAAUACGACGGGCCGGAAGUGGACGUGUGGAGCCUCGGCGUCAUUCUGUACACUCUGGUCAGCGGGUCGCUCCCCUUCGACGGACAGAACCUGAAGGAACUGAGAGAGAGAGUGUUAAGAGGGAAGUACAGAAUCCCUUUCUACAUGUCUACAGACUGUGAAAACCUCCUCAAACGUUUCCUGGUGCUAAAUCCCAUAAAGCGAGGCACUCUGGAGCAAAUCAUGAAGGACAGGUGGAUCAACGCAGGGCACGAGGACGACGAACUGAAACCAUUUGUUGAACCAGAACUAGACAUCUCAGACCAGAAAAGAAUCGAUAUUAUGGUGGGAAUGGGAUAUUCACAAGAAGAAAUUCAAGAAUCUCUUAGUAAAAUGAAAUAUGAUGAAAUCACAGCUACAUAUUUGUUGUUGGGAAGAAAAUCUUCAGAGCUCGACGCUAGUGACUCCAGUUCCAGCAGCAACCUCUCACUUGCCAAGGUCAGGCCGAGCAGUGACCUCAACAACAGCACCGGCCAGUCUCCUCACCACAAAGUGCAGCGGAGUGUUUCCUCAAGCCAGAAGCAGAGGCGGUACAGUGACCAUGCUGGACCAGCCAUCCCUUCCGUUGUGGCAUAUCCAAAAAGAAGUCAAACCAGCACUGCCGAUGGUGACCUCAAAGCAGACGGCGCUCCCUCCAGGAGGGCAGGCGGCAGUGCAGGCGGAGGCAAGGGGAUGGCUCCAGCCAGUCCCAUGCUUGGGAAUGCGAGCAAUCCCAACAAGGCGGACAUUCCUGAACGCAAGACCGGCUCCACUGUCCCCAGUAGUAAUACAGCAUCUGGCGGAAUGACACGGCGAAAUACUUACGUUUGCAGUGAAAGAAGUACAGCUGACAGACAUUCAGUAAUUCAGAAUGGCAAAGAAAACAGCACUGUUCCUGACCAGAGAACCCCAGGGGCAUCCACGCACAGCAUCAGCAGCGCGGCCACCCCGGAUCGAGUCCGCUUCCCCAGGGGGACUGCCAGUCGCAGCACCUUCCACGGCCAGCCCCGCGCGCGGCGGACUGCCACCUACAACGGCCCACCUGCCUCGCCCAGCCUGUCCCACGAAGCCGCGCCGCUGUCACAGGCUCGAAGCCGAGGCUCCGCGAACCUUUUCAGUAAAUUAACCUCAAAACUCACAAGGAGAAACAUGUCAUUCAGGUUUAUCAAAAGGCUUCCGACCGAAUAUGAGAGGAACGGGAGAUAUGAGGGCUCCAGUCGCAACGUAUCUGCUGAGCAAAAGGAUGAAAACAAAGAAGCAAAACCUCGCUCCCUGCGCUUCACCUGGAGCAUGAAAACCACUAGUUCCAUGGACCCCAGCGACAUGAUGCGGGAGAUCCGCAAAGUGCUGGACGCCAACAACUGCGACUACGAGCAGAGGGAGCGCUUCCUGCUCUUCUGUGUCCACGGCGACGGGCACGCGGAGAGCCUCGUGCAGUGGGAGAUGGAGGUGUGCAAGCUGCCAAGACUGUCUCUGAACGGGGUGCGGUUCAAGCGGAUAUCGGGGACGUCCAUCGCUUUCAAAAACAUUGCUUCCAAGAUCGCCAACGAGCUAAAGCUGUAGCCUGGGACGCUGGUGCAGUGAAGCAGCGGCUGGGUUCCUGGGCGCUGGUGGCGAUGUAUAGAGUACCAUUAGGCAAUAACGUCUGCAUCUCCUCAAUCAUGGUGUCCAACUGUAAGGACGAGAGCACGCCUGGGAGCGAGCGCUGGCCUCUUUUCUACGAAUGCACUACAUUAAAGCUGUGUGACACGUG